AUGAAAUCCAACAUCGAUGUCGAUGUCGCUCCAAUGGGUGCCUACCACGGCGAUGGUAUGAGGGAGCCUGGCAUGAGUACGAGUGAGCCAAUGCAGGUAGUGUACAACCGCAUACAGAAGCGUAUGCCCAUGUUCCGCAACAGCCUGGUAAUUCAAGAGCAGCAGAUGAUGCACAUGACGGAGGAGCUGCGCACGCUGGUGAUGGAUGCGAAUGUCCUGCGGGCGCAUUACGAAGAGGCACUUCAGGAGAAGCUGUACAUUGAGAACCUCGCCGCGCAGGCGGAGAAGCGCGUGCAGAACGUGAAGGAAAUUGUAGACCGCUACGUUGGUGUCAAGGACGCAGUGGUAGCCAGCGAUGGUUUCACGUAUGAGCGCGAGACCAUCUCCUCCUACAUCGAGGGAUGCAAAGAGGCUGGCGGCACGCCGACGUCGUACCAGACAGAAAAGCCGCUGACUUCGCUGCUGAUCCCUAACCGCUCUCUCAAGACUUUGGUCGAUCGCUUGGUAACGGUGCAGAAGACGGAGCCGAAGAUGCCGGCGCCAGUCGACCGCAACCCGGUGCAGCACUACUCAAAGCCAAUGGCGACAGGUCGUGUAGGGAACAUGUCUGGCAGCCAGAACGACGUUCAGCGGCGCAGCAUUCAGGGCGGCGGAAAGGACAACCUCAGCCCGGUGGAGCUGAACGCUAAAGGGGAGCGAGUCCACCCAUGCAUUCGUGUGUACGGGUACUGCAACUACAACGAAAACUGCGCGUACGCGAAGUAUCCGUACGAUGCAUGUCUUUCGAAUCUCAAGAAUAAGUGCCGCUUCAAAAAUCAGUGCCACGAGCGCCAUGUCGAGUUCCGUGGCCCAUUGGAUGACUACGGCAACUCCAUUUCGGAAAACCAUGGACCUCAUCAAGAGAAGAUUGCGUCCGACUCCAUGGAAGAGAUGAGGAGGUAG